GACAACAGUGUUUAAUAGGGCAAUAAUUGAAAUUAACCUUUUUAUUAGAUGGAUCAAUUAUUGUAAACUAAUGUGAUGGUGAUGCUAUCUUUCAGUUGGUUUAGAUUUGUCUUAGCAUUAAGUACCUUUAAAUUUACAAUAUUAACUCAAGCCCUGAAUACAAGCUUAGUGGUCACUGAUGGAAAUCUUGUUUCCUUACUAUGCACUAGCAAUAUAAGCACCACCAAAGUGAUAUGGUUGAAGGAUGGUCUACCGAUUAAUACAAAGUCUCAAAAAAAAAUCUAUAAUUUAAGGAGAGAAGGAUAUCUUCUAAAAUUUAAAGCAAACUCUGAGGCAGAAACAGGCAUUUAUACAUGUGCAGAUUUUUCAACUAAUCGUAUUGGCAGAAAUCUAAUUUCCUUUAAUGUAACUUUGAGAGAUUCUGUUACUAGCCCUAAAGAAGGAAAACUUCGAUUUACAGACAAAGCUCGUAUGAAUAACCAAAGGCACACUGUUAGCCCUGCAGGAGACGAAGUAACUUUUCACUGUGCUGCAGAAGGUGCUAAUCCAAUAGUUUAUAAAUGGAAAAUGAAUGGGAAGAUAUUGCUUUCUAGGCGAGUAGAUUCGUCUCUUGAAACAGAUAAACCUACUUUACUUUUAAAAGAUAUAGUUAAAUCUGAUUCUGGCAAUUAUACAUGUAUUGCUGAAAAUUUAUAUGGUUCUAUUGAAUAUAAUUUUACUUUGCAAGUUCAAGAAAGGCUUCGUGUUGGACCUUAUCUGGAGAAAGGUCUCCAAAAUCAAACUGUUCUUGUAGGUUCUAAUACUACUAUAGAUUGUUAUGAGUUAAUUAGUGGUACAAUACCUGAUUUUCGCUUUUUAAAGUGGAAAGUGAAACCUGACAUGAACCUUUUAAAUGAAAUGAUAUCUGAUAGUACAUUUAAAAAAAAGUUUGUGGAAUUGCUUGAUCCUGGUAGCUAUGACUCUGUUUCUAAAAAAACUUCUCGUAUGAAUGAGCAAAAUAAUCUUUAUGGUGUUCAAUUAAGGCUGCAAAAUGUGUCUGUUAACGAUUCUGGUUAUUAUACAUGUCUUGUGAGUAACCAUAUUGGUAGUGAUUAUGUCACAAUGUAUUUAGAUGUUAGAAGUAAUACUGACCAUAUGCAGUUACAAAAAAAGACUAACAUUGUUCCAACCUCAAGUUUAAAAAACAAAAGAAUGGUAAUAGCAGUGGUUGUACUCGGUGUGUUGUGUUGUAUUGCUCUAACAGUAUUUGUUUACAUGUACUGGAACUGGAAAAAAAAAAUUAGUUCAAAAGUUUUGAAUGAAAAUGUUUUACUAAAUGAAGUUAAAUUGAAUAUCGAUAAAAAUAGACCCAUAAGAUUGCGUAAUUUCUCUAGUGGUGGUUCUGAUUCUACUUUUCCUCUAUUAAAUAAUGGAAGCAUCCGAAAUGGCGGUAGUGUUCGAAGCAAUUCUGAAUCAAAAGCAAUGUAUCCAGGAGAUUUAGAUGAUGUUUUUGAAAUUCCAUUUGAUCCAGAAUGGGAGGUUGACAGGGAUUGUUUACACAUAACAGAAACACUUGGUGAAGGCGCUUUUGGUGUUGUUGUCAAAGCAGAUGCUGUUGGUUUAAAAAAGUGUGAAGAAAAUCAUACAACCGUUGCUGUUAAAAUGUUGAAAGCUGAUGCAACUGAAAAUGAGCUCUUAGAUCUUCUCUCUGAAAUGGAAACAAUGAAGCAAAUAGGACGUCAUAUUAAUAUAAUAAAUUUUUUGGGUUGUUGUACUCAAAGUGACCCAGUUUAUGUCAUAGUUGAGUAUGCUCCUAAUGGUAACUUGAGACAGUUUUUGCGAUCCAAACGGCCUCCCAUGUCUGACAAUGGUUAUAGAAGUGACCCAUUACUUUCUGUGAAAGAUAUUGUAUCUUUUGCUCUUCAAAUUGCAAAAGGAAUGGAAUAUCUUGCUUCAAAAAAGUGCAUUCAUCGUGACCUUGCAGCACGCAAUAUUUUGGUUACUGAAGAUUACAUUAUGAAAAUAGCUGACUUUGGUCUUGCAAGGAGUGUUCAUGAAAUUGAUUACUAUAGGAAAACUACAGAUGGUCGUCUACCAGUAAAAUGGUUGGCAAUUGAAGCACUUUUCGAUCGAGUUUACACAACACAAAGUGACGUUUGGGCAUUCGGAGUACUUUUGUGGGAGAUAUUUACACUUGGUGGUUCACCAUAUCCAGGUAUUCCUGUUGAAAGACUUUUUGAUCUUCUUAAAUCAGGAUUUCGUAUGGAAAAGCCACAGGUCUGCCCUCAAGAAACUUAUGAAAUAAUGGUCAAAUGUUGGUAUGAAAAUCCCAGUCAUCGACCUAGUUUUUCAGAUCUGGUUCUUGAGUGUGAAGAAUUUUUGGAAGAAUUAACUAAUUUGGAUUACUUAGAAGUUUUAAAUCAGUCUACUGAUUCAUUAAACUCCUUACCUUCAGAAAAGAGGGAAAGUGACGAAUCGUACAACUCUAGUGUGGUUGAUUGCAAUUUUCGAAAUCCAUUAGUUUGAAUAGUAUUUACAAUCAAUUUAACAUUGUUAAAAAAAAUUUACAUCAAGUUAUAAAGAUUGUUUAUAAGAAUCUUAUAGUGGUUUAAUGGUGAUACGCUCUCAAAAGGUUUUUAUAGUUUAAUCGAAGCUGAUGGUGACCGUGUUGUGUUGUCUUGGUGACCGUGUCACGUUGGCAAAAAAAUAUAGUUGAAGACUAUUCUUAUAAAAAUUGAGAAAAACUAGUUGGUAGUAUACGCUGCUUUGAUUAUAUUCUAUUGUAAAAGUUUUUUACAAACGAUGCAAUAGUUCAUUGUAAAUCUUGUUGCUAAUGAUGCAAAAAAUCGUCCAAAAUUUUGCUGAAAGCUAAACGAUGUUAUAAACGAUAUAAACGAUAAACGAUACCAUAAACGAUGUACCCUGCAAUAAUAGUUCAAUAGUUUAAAAGAAAUAUUUUUAUUUUUAUUUAUAUAUUCCGACAGAUUUGUAAAUAUAUUUGUUUUUUGAUUUCUAUUUUCUUCGUUUUUCUUAAUUAAACAGUCUU